AUGUUAACAUCAACUGAAGAACUACUGGAAAAUCAGGAAGAAGGAAAUGAAUCUCAAAUAAUGAUGAGUAAUAGUUACAGUGUACAUAAGCAAAGGAAUAGCAUAGAUUAUAAUAAGAACAAAGAGGAAAUAAAUAAUCUCAAUGGAGUAAAUUCAAUUCAUCAAAUUAAUGACGAUUCCAUGGUGAUGCCGACGAAUCAUGUGAAUAUCAGGAAGUUUGAAAACAAUGGCCAUUUGGGAAAGCGAAAGAGAGAAGGAAUAGAGGAGAAUUCAGACAAGGGUUACAUGAUGAAGGAAUAUCAAGAGAAUAAUCAGAUGAAUAAUAUCGGAUAUGUAACUUAUGAUGAUGAUAAUGACAAAGUGGACUUGUUAAGAUGUAGUGGAAGUCAUGUGUCCAAUAUGCAUGAAGAAAAGGGAGAGGGAAAAAAUGGAAUAUUUUCAAAGAAAAAUGAUGCACAAAAAUACAACAAAACUUACGAAGACAAGUGCGAGCCUGAAUGUACAGUAUCAUCAGAGAAUGAGCAUGAUGAAGCCGAUUUUUUAAGUAACAAUAGCAAAAUAAGAAACGAAAUAAUGGAUAGUGAAGAAGAGGAUGGCUCGUCUGUUGCAGCAUCCUUAUCAACACAAAGUAAUUAUGGUAAGUAUAAAGACAUAGAUCCAGAUGACUUAAUUUCAUUAUAUGAAAAUGAAAAUAUAGAAGGUUUAAAAAAAACAGAAGAAGAAGAAGAAGGUGAAGGUACGUUUGACAGAUAUUUGGAUAAACAUUAUAAAGGGAAUAUAAUUAUUGAUGGGAAAAAUGAAGUGGAUGAAUUUUUAUUCGCAUCUAGAAUGGCUUAUUACGAUUUAGCUAACCAUAAUAGAGAUAACUCCUCUGAAAUGAAAAAACAAAAUAAUUCAUUGAAUUUUUUAAAAGAAAAUCAGGAUGAAGAAAAUGAAACAAGCACCGAGUUAUCUGAUUUUGACAACUCAGAGGGGGAACAAGAUAUUGAGGAAAUUCCAAGAACUAAUGAAAUCAAACAUCUGAAAAUCCAAAAAGAUAAUGCUUACAUUCAAUCUUUGCACAUUCCAGAUGAUCAUAUGGUGAUCGAAGAUGAGUUAAAAAGUGAUAAACAAAAGGAAAAUCACAAAGAUGUGCAAAUUACAUUGGGGCAGGACUCAUGUUUUCAGGAAGAUGAUCACAUGUUCAAUAUUAAAACAGAAAAAGUAUCUCUGGAGUUAAUCAGUGAUGAAACAAAAGAUGGAAUUACUAAAGGAAGGACGAAUGUAAUCUUGAACGAAAAAAUAAAUGGUGAAGAAGAUGUAUCUGAAAAUAUGAUAUUGGUAAAACCAACAGAGUGUGUUUUCCCAGAAGGAAAAAAUAUGUUUAGCAACCAAAGUAGAAUAAGAUUAAUGGGAGCCCCAGAAUGCGUAAAAGAAGAUGUAAAAAUAGAAAAAAUAGGGAAAUUAAUAAAAAUGGAAAACGAUGUACUAACAAUUCAUGCAUUUCGUUGUGAAUAUUAUUUAAGUGUUGCAUCUGUUUUGUGUUUAGAAAAUAGAAAAUUAAUUGGAUGCAUUAUUAAUGUCACUUCAACUGAGACAGAAGUUUUUUAUUAUGCCAAAUUGAUUUUUCCACAUCUUAAAAAUGAAUUAAAGGAAAAUAUAGAUAUAUACGUCGAUCAAAAACAUGCAUUAUACAUCAAUGUAGGAACAAAUAUUUGCUCCGAAUUGUUUAGUGUAUUCAAAAAUAUAACGAUACCUUAUGUUUUUAUUAACUACCACGAUUUGUACAAUAUUGCAGAUGCACAGCUGAUGGAAAGAAAUAGUCAUAACAAUGGGCCAGACAAUUAUGAUGAGAAGAACAAUACACCAAAUUCUAAUAAACAAAAUGGAUAUGUGAUUGGUAAUUUAUUAGACAGAAUUACAUCUCCGUCCUGCAAAGAGGCAGGCAAAAAUAUGAAUACAAAUGUGCAAAUAAAAAAAUCCAAAAAAAAGCAUAUUCCUAGAGGUGAAUUAACACAUAAAAAUAACAAUUAUCGAGAAUAUACCAAAAACAAUAUCCCCUAUAAAUCCAAAAAAGGGCGUAAUUAUGCUAAUGCAUCAUCCCAUCGUCAUGAAAAUUACGAGUUUAAAAAUAUGUCUUAUGUAAAUUAUGGUAGAGUUACCGAAAUGGUCUACCCAAAUAAUAAUAAUGCAACUGAUCUACUUGCGCAUGCAGGACAAAAUGUUACCUAUAUGGGUGCACCCAGUAUGAAUGGAAAUACACCACACGAUUGUGUAGAUUCCACGAGUUCUGUUAAGAUGCAGGGAAACGUUUCCAAACAGUUAUGUAAACCGAACAGAUGUAGUAACAACUUCUACAAUAUGGCCAACUCGGACAAUCAGAGUAUCCAUAAGAAGAAUGCUAGUGUUACAUACACAUCAAAUGUAAUUCCUUAUAACAAUUACAACACCACAUCUUUUAUAGCACAAAAUUAUAACAACAAAUACGUAAACCCCAACUACCCAAGGUCGAUGUUAUAUAACCAGUAUACUGAAAGAAAUGGUACACAUUCAAAUGAGACCAUAAGCGACACUUAUGAUAGGUUCAAUUACAAUGUACACAUGGUAAAUAACGAACUAAAUGGUAUAAAUAAAUAUAAUUUAAAUAAUAAAAUGAAAAAGGUUCCAUUCAGUAAUGUUGCAUAUGUUAACUCAAAUGUUUACCCAAUCUCCAGUACAGGUAAUUACACCAACAAAAAGAUAAUAAAUACGCAUGUUGUUACGCAUCCCUAUAAUAUGUAUAAUGGUAAUCCAUCGAACGUUUACCUCAAUGAAAUGAUGUUUCUUAGCAAUAUGGGUGGUGUUCCUUCUGCGUACCGUUUGCCUAAUCCCCAUGGACAUUAG